AUGGACCCCAUCCCUGAGCUCUCAUCCGACAUAAAACUGCACUACCUCGCCGAGGGAGGCGUCAACAUCGUCUAUCGCAUGAUCCUCCCUGCUGCAGAGGACCAAGUCCUGCUUCAACACCAACCAUCUGAAAUCCCUCACUACGGCAGCUCAACACCUCCACCCACAGAAAUCGACGACAUCGACAAUCUCGAACCUGAUAUCGCUACAGACACAGACACCAACAUCACAAGCCGCAAACUACUCCGUCUCCGCAAAAAUGUGCGCUAUGGCCUGCCCUACCGCGAAACAGCGCAUGAUUUUCGCACACAGAUUCGUCCUUUAUUCGGGGAUGAGGAGCUAGUUGAUCAGAUUAUGGUGCGCGUACCGCCAUCAAUUAUUCAUAGAUGUAACGCCGACUUGCAAGAAAAAGAGCGUUUGGGACAGCGACCUGCUAUUCGAUGUGGUGUUUAUCUAGCUGAAGAUGAGCCGCUGGGCAUGCUGGUUACUGAUAUGACCACCGUCACCACCACCACCACCACCACCACUCCUCCCACAACGAGCGCAGGGGUGAAUAUAGUGGAAUUAAAACCGAAAUGGCUCGUUCAGUCCCCCUCCGCCCCGGCCAAGGCACGACGAUGUCGUACCUGCGCAUUACGAGACAUGAAGCGCGCUGAUUCACCGCUCAACCCCCAAAAUCCUACAACUCUAGCUACUGCAGUGGCAGUACAACCCGGAAAAGCACAAUUCUGCCCAUUAGAUCUUACCUCUGAUAACGAAAACGAUAUGCAACGCACAAUAAGGCAAAUAUUUCCUUAUUUGUUGCCAAAGAAGAUUGAUACGAUUGCAUCAGCUUUGUAUCAGCAUCCGAUACUCCAGAAACUUCUGUCGUUGCAACGAAUACAUAACGAAGUUGGCCUGAAUGGGCCAUCUCCAGGGUCAAAGGAGACGAGCAUGUCGAUGACGUUGAGGGAUUGUUCUGUUUUCUUAAAAAUACCUUCUUCAACCCAUCUGAGCAGCGGAACAGACUUGCCGGCUGGGAUAGACAUUCGCCUAGGUGACCUCGAUCUCAAAUCAGCUGCGAACGGGAAAGCAGAGUACUGGCUCGAUAUUGAAAGGAGGCUUAUCAAUGAAGGAUGGUAUAUGGGGACGCAACCGGGUCAGGCUGGGACGGAGGGGGAGUGUGUUUUGAGCCGUUGA